UGCACGUGAUCUGGAUCUGUCACCUGACGCGGAAACAGAGCAACGCAGUUUGUUGUGUUUCCACGUACAUUUCUCCCUUUUAACGCGUCGUUCUUUGUGGUGAAUGUUUUAAAGGAUAACCCCGGAAUAAAAGCGAACAUGGUUCUGUCAGAAGCACAGGAAAGUUCGGCGUCUGUGGAUGAAAAACUGCUGUUGUUCAUGGAGCAGCUGCAGAUUCUGGAGGAGAAACGAGCAGCUGUGAACUCUCUCAUCGAACACGGAUGGUUCUCCAUGUCCAAGGCACGAUACUCCAUGGGAAACAAACAGGUUUGUUCGCUUCAGUACGCCAGUGACAUCGAGCCUCUGGUGUGUGUCCAUGUCAGAUCACAUGACAGUGGUGAGGUGGAGUUCUGCACUGAGUCUGGAGACGACGUGAGGUCAGUGGUGGAUAUCGGACCUCAGGAAGAAGGCAUCAGGAGGAGAAACAAACCUAAAGACGUGGUCGCAGAAAAAGAGGAAAGUGACGAGGUCGGCAGUGAGAAAGCAACAGUGAAGAAGAACGAACAGGAUCCUCGACAAGACCCGCUGAGGUGGUUCGGGAUUCUGGUUCCACAGUCUCUCAAACAAGCGCAGGCUGCAUUCAAGCAAGCGAUCGAGCUGUCAGCAGAGGUCGCCACUCUUCAGACGUCAGUGUUGAAGAGCAGACAGGAACUGAAGGACGGCCUGAGACAGAAGCAGGUGGACGCCGUGUCACAGUCCUGACACUGAGCCAGUGAACUCUGACCCAGUGGGUUCAUAUCAUAUGUUGUUUGCUGAGUGUGUGAAGAUCAGUCGUGUUGUGAUUUAAAUGAUUAAGUUCAUUUCAGUUUGUGUUUUAUUAGAUUAAAGCUCAGCUCUGUCAUUUGUUAGUGACGCACUUUUGAUUUCUCUGUUGUCCUGAAAGCAGCACCAGCAACUGACUCACGACACUAGAACGAUUCAUCCAUUAACCAAGUAUUCAUUGAUUACUAAAUUAAUUGUCAACUAUUUUGUUUUUUGUGGGGUUUUUUCAUGAUUAAAACCAGUUUGUAAAUUUUU